AUGCCUAAAAUACACCUGUCUGCUCAUGUAAACACCUUCGCUGUGGACGUGUGACUCAAGGCUCAGGCGGUCUCUUUACUGAGGCACAUCUGGCAUUAUGUAUCCCAUUAUGUAGUAAACAAUUACAUAAAGCCUAAACACUGCUGAAUGCGAGUGUUCACCAGCUUACAGCGGGGGAUUUUGUUAACUGGAUUAGAGGUAGAUUUAAACUCUGCAUUUAGGUUCAAGAAGUGAAAAUAAACAGUGAGCCUGUCUGUGCGUCUGGUAUAAAAGGCUCACACGCUGUCUCACCACAGCUCAGACACUGCAACAGCUCUGAAAGCACUCAAAGCUUCUGCAGCUUCGAUCUACACUUCAGAAUGGACUUCCAAAUCUUUGCCCUGGCGAUGUUGUUCCUGGCCUGCGUGGAGCAGAGCCUGGCCUCCUGUGUGGUGGACAGCUUCACCGUCAAAGAGGACUUUGACCCACAGAGAUAUGCAGGAAAGUGGUACGCUCUGCAGAAGAAGGAUCCUGAGGGUUUGUUCCUGCAGGACAACAUCUCUGCUGAAUACACUGUUGGAGACGAUGGCUCCAUGGUGGCCUCUUCUAGGGGCAGAGUCACUCUCUUUGGGUUCUGGGUUGUGUGUGCUGACAUGGCUGCCCAGUACUCAGUGCCCGACCCCGGCAGCCCUGGCAAGAUGUUCAUGAACUACCAGGGACUGGCCAGCUACCUGUCCAGUGGCGGUGACAACUACUGGGUCAUUGAUACCGACUAUGACAACUAUGCCAUCACCUAUGCCUGCCGCACCCUGAAGGACGAUGGAAGCUGCGACGACGGCUACGCCCUGGUCUUCUCCCGCAACCCCCGUGGCCUCCCCCCUGCCAUCCAGAGAGUGGUCCGCCAAAAACAGGAGGAAAUCUGCAUGGCCGGACAGUUCCAGCCUGUGCUGCAGUCCGGAGCUUGCUAAACUCAUCCUAAGCUGGAGGUUGUGGAGCAGACCUUCAUGAUACUGGAUUGUCCCAUUCAAGAUGAAGACAGAGCUCCUCUAAGAGACCCUAAUAGGAGAGUAAUCCUGUCAAUGCUUAAGUUUAUCAUUUGCUAUGUUCCAACAUCAUAGGAGAGAACUAUCAGAUAAAUUUAAUUCAAAGCCCCCUGUAUAAUGU